CCCCGGGUGCGCAGCGGCUGUCCGGGAGGUGAGCUGCUGCUGUCCGACUGCGGUGUUCUCCGCUGUGCGGUGCGCGAGGCGACUUCAAUCCUCGCGAGGUGCAGCGCCUCCCGCCGGCUAGGCCGCGCCCGGGCUCCACUGCAGCGGGCGCUACCGUCAGCGGGGCCCUGCGCAAACCUCCGGGCGUGACCCCGCCGGUGAUGGAACCCCGGCCACCUUGCUGGGAGGCGAGUCGCCGUGCUCUUCGAUAGCACAUAGAGAAACCAUAGUAGGAAACGAAAAAAGGCCGCAGGCAGCAAGAUGGCGCCCGAGGCGGAGAGCGCUGGCGGACAGCAGGGAGGGUGCGCCCCCGCACAGCCACGGGACCCCUACUUCGAGCGCUGGUGGUCGCAGGUCGUGUGGAGGAACGUGGCCUACAUGUCGCUGCUGCACGGGGCCGCGCUGUACGCGCUGCUCACCAUCCCAAUCAGAGACACCGUGCCCACGCACGUCUGGAGCGUGUUCUCGGGGCUCGUGGGCGGCUUCGGCGUGACGGCGGGAGCCCACCGCCUCUGGACGCACCGCUCCUUCAAGGCGGACACCCAUCUGCGCGUGCUGCUCGCGCUCUGCUACUCCAUGGCCGGCGAGAACACCAUCUUCGAGUGGGUGCGCGACCACCGGGUGCACCACAAGUUCAGCGAGACGGACGCCGACCCGCACAACGCGCGGCGGGGCUUCUUCUUCGCGCACAUGGGCUGGCUCAUGAUGAGGAAGCACCCGGAGGUGGUGCGCAAGGGCCGCCAGGUGGACAUGGCCGACAUCCUGGCCGACCCCGUCGUGCGGCUGCACACCAGAUACUUCACUUCGCUGAAGAUCCUAUGCUGCUUCGUCUUCCCGGUGAUCGUGCCUCACUACCUGUGGGGCGAGACCUGGUACAACUCCGUGAUGCUGUCCAUUUGGCGCUACGUGCUCAUGCUCAACGCUAACUGGCUGGUGAACAGCGCUGCGCACAUCUGGGGCUACCGGCCUUACGACAAGCGCAUCAACCCAGCUGAAAACAUGGCGGUAUCCUUCCUGACCCUGGGCGAGGGCUGGCACAACUACCACCACGUGUUCCCGUGGGACUACCGCGCCGCCGAGCUCGGCACAUACUUCCUCAACAUGACCACCUUCUACCUGGACAUGUUCGCCAAGCUGGGCUGGGCGCACGACCUCAAGUGCCCCUCCCCGGAGCUGGUGGAGAAGGUGGCGAGGCGGUACGGUGACGGCAGCCACCCCAGGUACGGGCACGUGUGCGAGGUGAAGGAGGACGAGGACCCCGGAAAGAAGGUUCUCUACCCUUCGCCAGAAGACAACUGGGACGAGAUUCUCUCCGAGUACUCGACAACCGACGUCAGCAACGGAGUUGGCCCUGCAGAUGUGUCACAGAGUCAACAAGAGGCUGUGACUGCUCCAAAUGACAACGGAAGCACAGGUGACAAAAUGACCCACUUGUCACAAAGGGGUUUGAUUUACAAAGCGAGAAGUACAAAAAUGGCAUAGACAAUAUUUUCAGCACACUAACUGGCAUCCUCAGAUACAGGAACCCUAUUUUCUCUCCAGGAAAGGCUAAAGACAGUAAGUCGUCGUCCAUUAAUAAUAGUUUAUCCAGAAACAGUGUUGUACCAAAGCGGAACAUUGCUGUUAAUGAAAAGGAAGCAAUGAGCAAUCAUGUGAAACCAGCAGUACCUUACAAUAUCACAAAGAAAGGGGUUGCCAAAAAUGAAACGUCUGUAAAUAAUCCCCAGAAAUGUGGCAGAUCCCAAGAGACACACACAAAGAUUGACAAUGGAGUCAUGAAUUUUUUUGAAAGUAAGAGUUGUCAAAAAAAAGCCUAAGCUAAUAACUGAAAAAAAAUUUCCAAGUGAAGUUCAAUGUGGACAACGAUAUUGCACAAAAAACAUCAAGGCUAAAGAAAAUGUUGACAAAAAAAUUGGCUGAUAUAUUCAUAUUCAACCAAAAAAGUUUUAGUUUACAAUACCUACCUAAAAAAUUUUAAGCUUUAAUAAUUGUAUGUAAACUCGUUAAAGAAACAACUUCACCACGAUAUACCCCUUCACAACUGGAUUGUUUUCUUAACUCAUGCUUCUUUAUACAAAUAUCAUUUAAAAUAAUGCCAAAAUCAUACAAGCUUAUUCACAUUGUACAGAAAAUGUAAAAAAAUUAAUUUAUACAAUGAUUUGGGUGAUAUACUCAGUCACAAAGUGUGCGACACAAAAUUUAUAUCCAUGUUGAAUAAAUUAUGGGUACUUCAA